CUCUCUACUGUCACGGGUUAGGAGGGAAAUCAGUCCAAGAUCAGCCUGGAGUUUCCGUGCUCCCAUUGGGGCCCACAGAUGUUAAUCAGAGCAGCCGGCCCUCAGCUCCGCCCUCUCGGGCGCCCCGCCCCUCCUCCCAUCCUCCCUGCCCGCGCGCAGUGACUGCAGGCUCCGGCGCAAAAUCCUGCGGGAGAGGGGGUGGGGCAACGCUCUGGAGACAGCGCGCCCGCCGGCAGCCUCGUUGUGGCUCCUCGGGCUCUGUCGGCUGCGGCGCUAGCCUCGGAGUCUCCCGCGCGCACCUCAGCCGCCUCCUAGCGGCGCGGCGCCCACUCCUACGCCUAAAAUGACCAAUGUGUGAUUUCAGUGGAAUAAAUGGCGUCCAAAGUCACAGAUGCUAUAGUCUGGUAUCAAAAGAAGAUUGGAGCAUAUGAUCAACAAAUAUGGGAAAAAUCUGUUGAACAGAGAGAAAUCAAGUUUAUUAAACUGGGGCUAAGGAAUAAACCAAAGAAAACAGCACAUGUGAAACCAGACCUCAUAGAUGUUGAUCUUGUAAGAGGGUCUGCAUUUGCAAAGGCAAAGCCUGAAAGUCCUUGGACUUCCCUGACCAGAAAGGGAAUUGUUCGAGUUGUAUUUUUCCCCUUUUUCUUCCGGUGGUGGUUACAAGUAACAUCAAAGGUCAUCUUUUUCUGGCUUCUUGUCCUUUAUCUUCUUCAAGUUGCCGCAAUAGUAUUAUUCUGCUCCACUUCUAGCCCACACAGCAUACCUCUGACAGAGGUGAUUGGGCCGAUAUGGCUGAUGCUGCUCCUGGGAACUGUGCACUGCCAGAUUGUUUCCACAAGAACACCCAAACCUCCUCUAAGUACAGGGGGUAAAAGAAGAAGGAAAUUAAGAAAAGCAGCCCAUUUGGAAGUACAUAGGGAAGGAGAUGGUUCUAGUACUACAGAUAACACACAAGAGGGAGCAGUUCAGAGCCACGGUACAAGCACCUCUCACAGCGUUGGCGCUGUCUUCAGAGAUCUCUGGCAUGCUGCUUUCUUUUUAUCAGGAUCAAAGAAAGCAAAGAAUUCAAUUGAUAAAUCAACUGAAACGGACAAUGGCUAUGUAUCCCUUGAUGGGAAAAAGACUGUUAAAACCAGUGAAGAUGGAAUACAAAACCAUGAACCUCAGUGUGAAACUCUUCGACCAGAAGAGACAGCCUGGAACGCAGGAACACUGCGUUCCAGGGAUGGUCCUAACAAAGAUACCCAAAGGAAAGUAACAAAUGUCUCUGAUGAAGUCUCCAGUGAGGAAGGUCCUGAAACAGGAUACUCAUUACAUCGUCAUGUGGACAGGACUUCUGAAAGCGUUCUUCGGAAUAGAAAGUCACACCAUUAUAAGAAACAUUACCCUAAUGAGGAUGCCCCUAAAUCGGGUACUAGUUGCAGCUCUCGCUGUUCAAGUUCCAGACAGGAUUCUGAGAGUGCAAGGCCAGAAUCUGAAACAGAAGAUGUGUUAUGGGAAGACUUGUUACAUUGUGCAGAAUGCCAUUCAUCUUGUACCAGUGAGACAGAUGUGGAAAAUCCUCAAAUUAAUCCAUGUGUGAAAAAAGAAUAUAGAGACGACCCUUUUCAUCAGAGUCAUUUGCCCUGGCUCCAUAGUUCCCACCCAGGAUUAGAAAAAAUAAGUGCUAUAGUAUGGGAAGGUAAUGAUUGUAAGAAAGCAGACAUGUCUGUACUUGAAAUCAGUGGAAUGAUAAUGAACAGAGUGAACAGCCAUAUACCAGGAAUAGGAUACCAGAUUUUUGGAAAUGCAAUCUCUCUCAUACUGGGUUUAACUCCAUUUGUUUUCCGACUCUCUCAAGCUACAGACUUGGAACAACUCACAGCACAUUCUGCUUCAGAACUUUAUGUGAUUGCAUUUGGUUCUAAUGAAGAUGUCAUAGUUCUUUCUAUGGUUAUAAUAAGUUUUGUGGUUCGCGUGUCUCUUGUGUGGAUUUUCUUCUUUUUGCUCUGUGUAGCAGAAAGAACUUAUAAACAGCGAUUACUUUUUGCAAAACUCUUUGGACAUUUAACAUCUGCAAGGAGGGCUCGAAAAUCUGAGGUUCCUCAUUUCCGGUUGAAGAAAGUACAGAAUAUAAAAAUGUGGCUAUCUCUCCGUUCCUAUCUUAAGCGUCGAGGUCCUCAGCGUUCAGUUGAUGUAAUAGUUUCAUCUGCUUUCUUAUUGACUAUCUCAGUUGUAUUUAUCUGUUGUGCCCAGCUACUUCAUGUACACGAGAUCUUCCUUGAUUGUCAUUACAAUUGGGAACUGGUAAUCUGGUGCAUCUCAUUAACACUUUUUCUGCUAAGAUUUGUUACCCUUGGAUCAGAAACAAGUAAAAAAUAUAGCAAUACCUCAAUAUUACUUACUGAACAGAUAAACCUCUACUUGAAAAUGGAGAAAAAACCUAACAAAAAGGAGGAACUGACACUAGUGAAUAAUGUUUUAAAACUGGCUACUAAACUGCUAAAGGAAUUGGACAGUCCUUUCAGAUUAUAUGGGCUUACAAUGAAUCCGCUGCUUUAUAACAUCACCCAGGUGGUUAUCCUGUCAGCUGUUUCUGGUGUUAUCAGUGACUUGCUUGGAUUUAAUUUAAAGCUAUGGAAGAUUAAAUCAUGACAAUUCAAAGAAAAGAAGAUGUAGCCUUUUUUCCAGAAUAAGAGUACUGACUAAGCUUCCUGAAAGCUUGUCACUGAUUCUUUGCUUCAGGAGUCUCAGCUGGGGAGUUGAAGUGUUUACAUCAGACUGUCUUGUGCAAUUCUUAUAUUUAUUUUACUUGUUCACUUUUUUUUACAUUUAUUUUAGUCUUUAUAUUUUAUUUUUAAGCAUUGAUGUACUUAGUUGUUGAAAGGGUGAUGAAACUGAUAUCCAGAUACUUGAGAUCCUGGUAAUUGGUCAUAAAUAAUUGGCAAAAUAACAAAUUGUGAAAACAGAAGCCAUUGCUAAGCACUGUUUCUCCAUCAAUGCCGUGAACUUGCCUUACUUGAGGAAAAAUUCUUUAACUUUGGAAUAUUGCAUUGAACUCAGCUAUACACAUAAAACAUUUUCUUCGGUAAAUCAAGAUCCAGUCAGGGUUUCUCUUGAAUUAUUUUGGAACAAUGCCAGGAUCCAAACUGAUUAAGUUGCAGUUUAAGCACCCUUCAGUAUUAAUGUAUACGGUAUUAUAUAACAGGUCAACAAGUGCUCUUUGAUGAUAAAACUUAUAAUAGAGCAAUAAUUGUAAAUGGUUACCAUACUGUAAGAUAUUUUGAUAAAAAUUAACUAGUAAUACUUGUAUUUAUUUGAAACACUGGGCUGUUUGCACAGCUCCAGCUGUGCAUGCUCAAAAUGUGCACUUUUUAAAAUUGUUACUUUUAAUGCGUAUCUUUAUAUGGGAUCUGUUAUAGUGUACUAGGGCAUGAUAUGGUAUCCUUUUGAGUGAGGUAUAUACUCAUCUCACAAGUGAAGUGCCUACUGAUAUUACUAAAGUACAUUAUGUUUACCCAAGUAAAUAAUUUUCUCCCCAUGGUACACUCUAGUACAGGCUAUUCACACCACACUCAAAUGAACAACUUAAGAAUAAGGCUAAGAACCAAUAAAAUAUUUCUCUAAUUGCUAGUUAUAAAACUAUAUCCAAAUUUUCAGAAAAGACAGCUUCAGCUUGCAAAUUCUAUCCUCUAAACUUAUCUGGUGCAUUAUCCCUACCCCACCCCCAUUAUAUAAGGGCUAUUUUAGAUGCUUUUAACCUCCCCAACGAAUAAUUUGCCAAGUGUCCAAUGAGAACUUAUCAUGUUGGUGUGUUAGGUAAAUCGGGCGAAUAUGAUAGUAUCUUACAUUGGGCCUUGAUUUUAAGUUGUUAUAUUUGUACAAUCGAGUAUUUUAGGAAUUACAUGAAACAUGAAAUGGUCUUUGCAAUUUUUUUUAAACUGGGCAUCUGGUUUCUAAAAAUUCAUUUGAAACAAUCUAGAAUUUUCUUGGUGCAAAGUGUAUCAUGUGGAAUAUCCUCAUAUUUUUACCAUAUUUUAAGGACUUUAAGAAGAUUAAUUGUAAAUAAUUUGUUUGAUUGGUGCAGUUAUAAUCCCCAAAUCAUAAUCUUAAAAUCAGGAAUGUGUGGAGAACAGAGCCAUGUCGUAUCACUUUGCUCUUACCAUUCCUUUUGAUCAGCCUCAAUUCAGCCUCAUUGUGUAGUAUGUUUUUUCUUUCUAUGAAAAACAACAGAAAGCAUUUCAUUUGAUUUGCCUAUGUUCAAAUAUGUUUAAUAAUGACCAAAGUGCAUUCUGAGUUUUUUCAAGGAAUGUAUUACUGGAGCUUUAAGAACAUACUUCAUUUCUCAUGUGAAAACUUAGGCUCUGUCUGAUGUUUUUUCUUCCUGUAUUGUCUAAUGUUGAGGUUGUUUUUAGGAAUUAUAUUUUAUAAACUUUUUCAAAAUAAGGUACAUACCUAUACAGAACUUAACAUUUUGCACAGAAUAUAUCAAAUAUAUUUUGAGAAAAAAAGUACGGCAUGAGUUCUGUUAGGAAUAAAAGAUGAAACUAUUGUAUCUCACAAAUAUCUUAUUUCAGAAUGGAAAUAUUUUUGAGAAAAGCAGCUGAGUAUACUGGUUUAAGAAAAUGCUUGUUUUAGAUUGAGGUUAACUUAGAGUUGGGAGUUGGUUUAUUAAGUACAGUAUACCUCUCAACAGUUUAUUAAUAAUAUGUUGAAUUAUGUCAGUGUGGGCAGCAGUAGAAUACUAAAAGGAAAAUGUCAUUUUAAGCAAUUUCAGAACAUUAACUGAACUAUUUUCAAAGCAGAAAAAUUGACAUUGCUGCCUUUAAGGAUACCAUGAAUGUAAGAAGUUGAAAGAAAUUGUAACAUACCACAUACUAUAGAAAAGGCAGUUCAAAGAUAGAAUUGUGGCAGAUGUUGUGUGUGAACUGUUGUUUCUUUGCCACAUGUGUUGUAUUUGAAAGUUUGACAGCAAGUUUAAAAUAAAACAUUCUAUGACUGACAGUGUUUUUUUUUUUUAAAUUUUCAGGUCAUAUACAUUUCUAUGAUAAUUUUGUGUUUAGUUAACAAAAUUUAGUUAGAUUUGGGGGGAGUGAAAAUAAAUUUUUUAUAGCUUUCCAACAUUUUAGAUUUUGUUGUGAUUCUUAGAACAUGAAAAAAUAAUACAUACACAGGCUUUUCAUCACCAAAAUGAUAUUAUAUAUCACUAAUGUUUGUUUGCUUGUUUGUUUUUGAAUACAGCAAACUGGCUGUGGCCUGGAAUAUUAAAGCUCAUUGUGAAAAGA